UCUGCAAUCAUGAAUUAAGAGAAAAGUCCAGAAGCAGAGCAUUGUGUCCCUCCUGGAGAAGGUCAUGUUGGGAGGGUGUUACUGGUUUCACUUGAAGAACAGGAACGGCAAGUUUUGUCCUUCUCCAAUCCUCACACCUACACAGUGGUAGUAACACAGGCCCAGCAAGGGGGAGCCUCAGCUGCAGAAUAGCAUGGUGGAUACACACACUCUGGUACAGUGAAGCAUCACCGUGUGCCCUCCUCGCUGCUGGCAUAGCAAAAUGCAGAGUGGCCCCACUUCAGCAGGGCCCAGGGAGUGACAGAAGCCCACACUGGACUUGGCACAUGACAUUUCAUCCAUACAUUUCUGGGCCUGUACGGUGGUAGGACCUCUACGCCAUGGUUCUUCAUUACCAGGAGCAGCGUUACGACCAUCUCAAAACCCAGUGUCGCCAGCAGAAGCACCUCUUCGAGGACCCAAAGUUCCCAGCCGACGACAGCUCCCUUUACUACAGCAGACGCCCCCCCAGAGUGGUGGAGUGGAAGCGCCCUCAGGAGCUCGUCCAGUCACCCCGUUUGUUCUCUGAUGCGGGUAUCAGUCCACGUGACCUACAGCAAGGCAGCCUGGGUAAUUGCUGGUUUGUAGCAGCUGUUUCCUGUCUGGCUGGGGAUCCAUCCAUUUGGAAAAAGGUGAUACCUUCUCCCCAGGAGCAAGACUGGCCUCGACCGGGAGGAGCCCCUCACCUUGGGAUCUUCAGGUUUCGCUUCUGGCGCUUUGGCCGCUGGCUGGAAGUUGUGAUUGAUGACCGCCUGCCCACAUCUGGGGGGGAGUUACUCUUCUGCAGACCUGGCCGGGAUGGCAACGUGUUCUGGUGUUCACUACUUGAAAAAGCUUAUGCCAAGCUCAUUGGAAGUUAUGAGUCUUUGGAUGGGGGAAGUACCGCAGAAGCUCUUAUUGACUUCACUGGAGGAGUUUCUGAGGCAAUUGACCUUCUUGAAAGGAACUCUGAGACAGAGGAAGAAAAGAAGAAGCUAUUCAAGGCUGUGUUGAAGGCUCACUCGCGGGCAUCCCUCAUCUGCUCUUCCAUUAGGCCAAGUCCAAGUCAGGGGUUUGAAGAGGUCCUCUCCAGCGGCCUGGUAACCGGCCAUGCUUACAGCAUCACCUCCGUCAAAAGCAUAACUCUACACUCAGGGCUCUUAUCGCUUUUUCGGACGCAUAAGCUGCGCCUUGUUCGCCUGCAAAAUCCCUGGGGGAGCGGAGAGUGGAAGGGGCCUUGGAGCGAUGGGUCCGAAGAGUGGAAGAAGGUGAGCCGAAGGCAGAAAGAGAAGAUGGGGGUCACUGUCAAUGACGAUGGAGAAUUUUGGAUGAGCUGGGAUGACUUCUGCACUCACUUCACCGAUGUCACUGUGUGCCGCCGAGUGAACACUCACCUUCUGAGCUCUCACAAGACGUGGAAAGAGGAGACCGCUUUUUCUGCCUGGAGGCAAAAUCCAGACCCUUUGAAGGACAGGAGUGGGGGUUGUCCUAAUAACAAGACCACCUACCUACACAACCCUCAGUUCUGCUUUGAUGUGACAUUGGACCACGACUCCGUCCUCAUCUCUCUGGAGCAGGAAGAUCGGAGGACUCAGCGCAGCGCUGGAGGCGGGGAUAACUUGCCUAUUGGAUUCUUUGUCUUUAAGGUGGAGGUGAAUCGCAAAUACCGACUACACUGCGUCGCCGCUAAGGCUUCAUCCUCUACAUAUAUAAACUCCCGCAGUGUCUUAGUGCACACUGAGUUGCAGGGUGGGCGUUAUGUGAUCUUGCCCACCACUUUCCAGCCGGGCCAGGCCGGCUCCUUCCUCCUGCGGGUGUAUACAGACCGGGCCAGCCACCUAAGGGAGCUGACGCAAGAUGUCCCGGAGCCCUCCUGCCUAUCGUUCUGUCUUGGUGUCCCGAGAGUUGUCACUUCUAUCACCGUUCACGCAGCGUCCAGCCUGGCGGUGCCCAGCAAUGACAGCGAUCCCGCUGUCUAUGUCACGGUUCACUGUGAAGGACAUAAGGCGAGGUCACGGACAGUCAAGGGCCGAAACCCAGAGUUCGACCUGAAGGCGGUAUUCUACCGAAAGCGGCAAAGCCGACCCCUCAUUGUGCAGGUCUGGCUGUCUCGGUGGGCGAGGGACACUCUACUGGGCACCGCGUCCGUUCCUUGUGCUGUGGGAGAGUCCAACCAAACAUCUGUCCACAAGCUCCAGAGGAAAGAUGGGACCACGUCUGGGUACAUCAUGACCGUGGCGUCCAGCAGCUCAGACCUCACAGCGCUCUGACUGCUCAGCCUCGUUCUUCUCUCGCUCUCGUCUCUCUCCCUCUCCGCCCACUCUCUCUCUCUCUCUCUUUCUUACACUUUCUUUCUCUCCCCCUCUUUCCUGUUCUGCUAUACAUUCCCCCAGCACUUCCUCUCCAGCUCACAGGACCUCUCGCCUCCUCUGCCUCAGCAUGGUGAGGCUGCUGAUUACAGUCGUCUUCCUUCUCGGAGGUACUUGCCCAGUACAGCUGCCAUCUUCCCUGCUUGUCCUGAACUCCACCCAAAGAUCCCCCGACUCCUACCUCAUCUCAUGCAACACCCAGGUCCCGGAGGAACGGGUGACUCAGGUACACUGGAAGGCGCGACACAGCGAUGGAACAUACAGUGUCAUCGCUGUACAGAACCCACACUGGGGGAACGCCACACAGCUCCCUUACCAUGAGGUGGUGAAACUGCACAAGUUGGACGCCACAACAUAUGCCGUGGAGAUGACCGUGGUGGAGAACGUGGUGUGUUGUGAAGUGGUCACUUAUCCCUCAGGAAAGGUCCACGAGAAAUGCCUUACCAUCGAAGAAGAUUUAGGCGGCUAUAAGAUCCAGAACGCAGUGUUGGUGACGUUACUCGUCGGUGGAAUCUUCGUCCUUGGCUCCUUUGUCCUUCUGUUCCACAUCUGCUGGAUGAAGAAGAAUUCUCGUGCAUUUAAAGUAAGAGGUACUACUGACCAACAAGUGUGGAGUAGGAAUGAAAGAUCCCAUGUCCCACACAGAAGAUCUGGACCAUCAAUAAACCUUGCAUACGAGCCUCCACUACAGUCUGAGUCACUCCCGCCAAUGACGCAUCCACGCCAGGAACUUCCAAGAAACCUGCUUCCUCCUGAGGAUCCACCUCUGAGAAACCAGCAGUAUCGGGUAACCCCACCCCUGAGGAAUCAGCAAUAUCAGGUGGCCCCACCCCUGAGGAAUCAGCACUAUCAGGUGGCCCCACCCCUGAGGAAUCAGUGGUUUACUGACGAGUCUUCUCCAGUGGAUCCCACCUCUCAUAUUGCCCCUCCCCUGAGGAGCCAUGUGAAACCCGAGAUCCCACAAACACCAAGCCAAAUAUAUAGCAAUGUUAACCGUCUCAAUAAGCCCUACCGAAAAGUACCCCGUUUACACAAUAUCCAACAUGAGCCAACAGUUCUUCGUCCACAUCAUAAUGAGCCGUUACCUUAUACGGUUUCUGACCAGCCACCAUCCAUACCUUCAGACCACUCGUCGUCAUCUCCAUGGCUUUGUGGUGAAGCGUCCUACUCUCUUCAAAAAAACUCUGCAUUGCAGCCCUCCAGAUUAUGUGUCCCAAGGACACCGGAGCCUCCUUUUUCCACCCCUAAUCCCAUGUAUCACAGCGGGAAAGGAUGGUCUUGCCAUCUGAACAAUGUUCAAUUCUAAACUAACAAUCCACAUUGUUUUGAAAAACUUUUGGACAUUGGCCUGCAGACCCAAUACAUCAGUUUCUGUACAUAAAUGAUAUUACCUAUGGAUUAAUAUUCUAUGAAGCAAGAGACAGAUAGUGUAAAACUUAUGUAAUUUUACUGUAUUCUUCAGCAUCUAUAAUAAUAAAUGAUGAAGGCAUAUAGACAGUAUAUAAUAUCAUACUGCAUGCCUUGUCUUGGCUGUAGUAACAGUGUUAGCCACUUCAGGCAGCUCGGUGGAAAGGAUAAAGACGCAGCCUAGUUUCUACCAUCUAUGAUACUGUAUAUAUUUGCUGGUAGACACGGCAGCCACCAGGGGGGGACUGUGGGGACUUGUGUCCUGGGCCCUUACAUAGAGUGGUGCCCACCCCUGGCUCCUACCACUGGAGAGCUGCACCAGGCUAUAAAACAACAGUGGGCUGUUGAGCAGGGAGGACAGCUCUGGUUCCGGUAUGAAUGGUCGACAAUGUUAAGGUUAACAGUCAAUAGGUCGACCAUUACUGGUCGACAGUGACAUGGUCGACAUGGCCAAAUGGUUGACACAUGAAAAUGGUCGACAUAGAUUUUUUAAACUGUUUUUGGUGUCAUUAUUUCCGUAACACGACCAGGAACCCCAAUUAAUGCACCGCGUCCCCUUGCAUGGCUCGCUUCUUUCUCCAUGCUGCGGGCAAGGUGCCUCGCUCCGCUACCGCUGCACUCUGCACAGGUUACUAUUCCCAAUCGUAGUCCGCGUGGAUCAUAAAGUAUGAAAAAGUUACAAAUCUAAUAAAAAAAAAAACA